AGCGUAAACUUUACUUGAUGAUUAAGCUGAUUAAUUAUCUGGAUACUGGUCUAUGACUGGGCGCGGGUUUUGCCGGUGGAACAAGUGCCUCUGGCGUUUUACUGCAUUCAGUAAGAUGGUUAGAACGGAACUAACCAGAGGCCGACUCCGAGAAAUAAGAUUAAUUCAAUUCCGUCAGAUUUACCCCAUGAACCUGGCAUCAUCGACCACAAAAUAAGCCUCUCAGCCUCAAAUCCAACAAUAAUCUCUCAAAAGACGAGAGUGAAAGGGCCCCAGAAAAUAUCAGCCGCAAUGUCGGAGCCGCCACCAAACAAUGGCUUCGUCGGUCGUGUCCGCGGCGCGUCACUAUCGCUCAUCAAUGCUAACCCGCAGCUGGGCAUGUGGCAAGCCACUGGUACCGCCAUCGCACAAGCACCCAAUCUCACUGAACUCCGCGACGCCGAAUCUGGCGGCGACAAGAUCGAGUUCAACGCACAAGGCCACUCUGCGCGUUACGCUGCCCCCGAGCCAGACGGCGAGCUCACGCUGGUUAGGACAUCGACACUCACCCGCAGACCCAGUUUGCUUCCAAGGUUUGACAAGGACCCUUUCACCGAGGAGCCCGCCGUUAUUCCUGAGGAGGUAGACGUGGAACAAGGGUCGACGAGGGCUGAGACUAUUACCGAGGCACCCGGUGAACGCCAUCACCACCAUCAUCUUCAUCUGCGCGAAAAACAUCGUCAGCGGCAGAUUCGACGGCAAAGUCUGUACGAGAAACACAAAGCUGACGAGAAGGAGAAAUGGGGACCAACGAUCCUCAACGGCCUCAAGGCGUUUUGGAAAUUCUUUCUCACGCCAUCUGGCUUCCUCAUCACGCUGUACGGUUUGAACAUUGUUUAUCCCCAAUGACUAUUUCUUCAUUAUCAUCAUCAUAUUCAUCAUCUUCAUCCAUUUCCUCAUCAUCUUCAACGAUUUCUAAGCCGUCAGCUUCCAACGACAUCUUCUUCCGAUUAGAGCGGCGU